UUGAGUUUUGUGUGGAAACAUAGCAUGCGCGCAAUGAAAGCCGGGAUGGAUCUUGCACCACGUUCUUUUCUCUCUAUACUUUGUAAAUCAUGAGUACUCUGAAGUUGCAAAAGCGGCUGGCGGCCAGCGUCAUGAAAUGUGGCAAACGAAAGGUCUGGCUUGAUCCUAACGAGGCAAACGAGAUAGCCAACGCUAACUCUCGCCAAAAUGUCCGUAAACUUAUCAAAGAUGGUUUGAUCAUAAAGAAGCCUCAAAUCGUUCAUAGUAGAUCCCGCGUCCGCAAGGCUGACGAGGCGCGUAGGAAGGGUCGUCACACAGGUUACGGUAAGCGCAAGGGUACGGCGAACGCCAGGAUGCCUGAGAAGGUUAUCUGGAUGAGGCGUAUGAGGGUCUUAAGACGUCUUCUUCGAAAGUACCGCGAGUCGAAGAAAAUUGAUGUACACAUGUACCAUGCUUUGUAUCUGAAAGCCAAGGGUAAUGUGUUCAAAAACAAGCGAGUUCUGAUGGAAUUUAUCCACAAGAAGAAGGCCGAGAAGGCCAGAGCUAAAUUGCUCAGUGAUCAAGCCGAAGCUCGUCGCCAGAAAUCAAAGGCUGCUCGUCAAAGGCGCACUGAAAGAAUUGCUGAGAAGCAGAAAGAAAUGCUCAAAGCCGCCGAAGAUAAAUAGACUUCGAUAGUUUAAUGAACGAAAUAAAUCCCGAGAAAAUUUA